GCAGCCAUGUCCGUGCAGGUGGUGGUCCCCGGUGACCAGGGACUGGGCCCAGAGCGCCUGACCCCUGAGGAGCUGGUGCGCCAGACGAGGCAGGUGGUGCAGGGGCUGGAGGCACUGCGGGCCGAGCACCACGGGCUGGCCGGACACCUGGCCGAGGCUCUGGCGGGGCAGGACGCAGUGGGCGGCCUCGAGAUGCUGGAGGAGAAGCACCAGGUGGUGAGCCACUCGCUGGAGGCCAUCGAGCUGGGGCUGGGCGAGGCACAGGUUCUGCUGGCUCUGUCAGCACACGUGGGCGCGCUGGAGGCAGAGAAGCAGCGGCUGCGGGCGCAGGCCCGGAGGCUGGCCCAGGAGAACGCAUGGCUGCGGGAGGAACUGGAGGAGACGCAGCGGCGCCUGCGGGCCAGCGAGGAGGCCGUGGCCCAGCUGGAGGAGGAGAAAAACCACCUGGAGUUCCUGGGGCAGCUGCGCCAGUAUGACCCGCCCGCGGAGGACCAGAGUGAGACCCCACCUCGCCGGGACAGCCUGGCCUCGCUGUUCCCCAGUGAGGAAGAGGAGCGGAAAGGUGCCGAGGCGGCAGGGGCGGUGGCCGCGCAGCAGGGCGGCUAUGAGAUCCCCGCGCGCCUCCGGACCCUGCACAACCUGGUGAUCCAGUACGCGAGCCAGGGCCGCUACGAGGUGGCCGUGCCGCUGUGUCGCCAGGCGCUGGAGGACCUGGAGCGCAGCCUGGGCCACUGCCACCCGGACGUGGCCACCAUGCUCAAUAUCCUGGCGCUGGUGUACCGGGAUCAGAACAAGUACAAAGAGGCCACGGAGCUUCUCCACGAUGCGCUGCAAAUCCGGGAGCAGACUCUGGGCCCGGAGCACCAGGCGGUGGCAGCCACCCUCAACAACUUGGCCGUCCUUUAUGGGAAGCGGGGGCGCUACCGGGAGGCGGAGCCCCUGUGCCAGCGCGCCUUGGAGAUCCGGGAAAAGGUCCUGGGCGCCAACCACCCGGACGUGGCCAAGCAGCUCAACAACCUGGCGUUGCUCUGCCAGAACCAGGGCAAGUUCGAGGAGGUGGAGCAGCACUACGCACGCGCCCUGAGCAUCUACGAGGCCCUGGGGGGGCCGCACGACCCCAGUGUGGCCAAGACCAAGAACAACCUGGCCUCAGCCUACCUGAAACAGAACAAGUAUCAGCAAGCUGAAGCUCUGUACAAGGAGAUCCUCAGACGAGAGGACCUGCCCGCACCCCUUGGAGCCCCCAACACAGGCAGAGCCAGUGAUGCAGACCAACAGGCGCUUCGUCGGAGCACCUCCUUCUCCAAGCUCCGGGAGUCCAUUCGUCGGGGAAGUGAGAAGCUGGUCUCCCGGCUCCGAGGUGACGGGGUGUCGGGAGCAGCCGGGAUGAAGAGAGCUGUGUCGCUCAAUAUGCUGAAUGUGGAUGGUUCACGGGUCGCAGGGACUCAGUUCCCAAACUGGCACCUGAGCGAGGUCUCCCGGACCCUCAGUGCCAGCACCCAGGACCUGGGCCCCCGCUAG